AUGUCUAACAUAAGUCAGAAUAUAAUUGACAGAUAUCAAUAUUUAAACAUAUCUCUUAACGAUCUUAUAAGCAGAACAAAUGAAAAAUAUGGUUAUGUUGACAGAAGAAAAAUUAAUAAAACAUUACAUGAAUUGUCUGAAGAACAAAAAUCUAAAAAUCAGAAAGAGUAUGAUAAACGUAAAGAAAAAAAAUAUCUACAAAAUUCUGUAAUGAAAUCAUUUACAAAUACUGAGAGUGUUUUCUCACCAGAUAUUGUUGCAUAUGAUUUAUGUAAAAAUGAUAACCAUAACCAUAAAAAUGAUAAGCAUAUUUUUUGUUUAAUCGAUAAUGUAUAUUUAUGUAAACAGCUUGUCUGUGGUGACUCUAUUAUCGAUAGAAAAGAAAAGGGAAAUUUAAUUUAUCAUUUGUAA